AUGAACUCAUUAAUACCUCCCUCUCAGCUGCGGCUUAACUUCGCAAAAGCACUAUCGCAGAUGUACCGGCAGGAAGUACCACAGUAUGCAACACUGCAGACGUUGGUAGACAGAGUCAACAACAGCUGCGCGGCGAACAUUCCCCUCUCGGAUAUACCGCGACAUGGUGCAGUUCGCCUCGCCUCACUAUCUGAAUUGAGUGUGGCCACCAAAUUCUUCAAGGUGCUGGGCAUGGUUUCUGUCGGUCACUAUGACCUGUCGGGGGCCGGUCUGCCAAUUCAUGCCACAGCCUUCAGACCCAUCACUCAGGAAGGCCUCCAAACGGCACCUUUCCGUCUAUUUGUGUCGGUAUUGCGGCCGGAGCUUCUCACAAAGUCAUUACAACCGCUCGCCAAGUCCCUCCUUAGCCAGCGUUCUUCGGUCUUCAGCCAGAGGACGAUCGACCUUGCUGACCUUGCCGCCUCAAAAGGUGGACUGACUGCAUCUGAGGCGGAUGAGUUCAUCCAGGGCGGCUGUGAAACGCUUGCCUGGAGGAAUCAGGUGGCUUUGACGAAGCAAGAUUACGAUACACUUAAGGCUGAUAAAAACGGCGAUUUACUGAUUGAUAUCAUGGCCUUCCGUAACCCGCAUCUGAAUCACCUCACCCCCGCGACGAAGAAUAUUGAUGCUGUUCAGCGCGGUAUGCCAGAAGUCGGCCUGGAACCAAAGGACCGUGUGGAGGGACCACCAGAGCGUGCUUGCAAUGUUCUGCUAAGGCAAACAAGUUUCUUGGCAGUUGACGAAGGUAUCGUGUUCGACCAGAUGACAGCAGAAAAGGGCAUGAAAGGCAACCACAGUGCGCGCUUUGGGGAGAUUGAGCAAAGGGGUGCUGCCCUAACUCCCAAAGGGAGAAAGCUCUAUGACGGGGUCAUUUCUGAGGCAACACGGUCGAAGCUCCUCGUGUGUGACAAAGAGCCCACGUUCAGAACCUUGUUCGACAAGGCGCUACUAGAUGACUGGGAGGCACUGAGACGUACAGGGCUGAUAUGGGCCGAGUACAGUCUCACAGAGAAGGGAAUCCAACAGGGGAAGUCCAGCAGUGCCCGGACCCUGCAACAAGCUCUCGAUGAUGGCCUGGUCAGUUGGCAGCCGAUCCAAUAUGAAGAUUUCCUACCGAUGUCAGCGGCUGGUAUCUUUCAGAGUAAUUUGCACCACGACUCGGCAGUAAAGGUUGAGGGUUCGCCCCAGGAGGCGCUAUCCGAAUCGAGAAAGCAACUGAGGGAAGUGCUAGGUGAACAGGGGUUGAUCAACGAGAUGGAUUUCCUGCGGCUCAACUCACUUCCUGGCCCCUCUAACCCCAUCACCAUGGCUGACUCCGAAGAUGCCACUGGAUCUCCGACCGUCGAGGCACCGUUAAAGACUGAGACGCAGAACGACAUACUUGAGAGCAUCAGUCGACUUCUGCGAAAGAAAAUCGAGCUCGAUAUCAAGAGCACUGCAGAAUCCUUGCACAAGGACAACGUGGAUCUGGCAUCGAUCAUGUCGGACGAGAAGGUGCAAAAAGAGCUUUGCUCUCUCCAACGUACCGUCGCUGGCCACAUCGGCAUCUGGGAGGACAAGUUGCGGCAGAGGAUCGAGGAUCUGGUUGCCCCAGAAUUGUAUGCGGAACGAAACGAUGUCGUCUUGCAACCAUUACCGGAAUCAAUGAUAGUAGAAGAGCCCUUGGUAGAGGAAGCCUUCAGCAUCGGCAGACACGCUGCCACCGCCACAGUCUCUCAAGAAUCUGAAGGCCAGGAACAGCCGCAAGAUCCCACAGACGGCGAGGGCAAGGCCCUGUACUUCUUCUACGGCACCCUCAUGGAUCCAGCUACCCUCCAGCUUGUGACCGGCCUGCGGACCGUGCCCCGGAUGAGGCCGGCCCACGUGGUCGGCUACACGACCAAGCUCUGGGGUCCUUUCCCGGUGCUGCUACACGGACGAAGGGACGACGUGGUCAGGGGUAUGGCCUGCGAGGUUGAGGGAGCUGGGCCAAGGCGGAGGCUGGAGGAAUAUGAGGGGAAGGACUACGGUGAGUGGCACCUUGAGUUGCGGCUGGACAAGCCCGACGGUACGUGGCAGGUGGCCCCCGGUGUGACGUUCAAAUGGGUUGGUCCGAGGGAUGAUCUGGAGGAUGGGACUUUCAGUUUGAGCAAGUGGCAGGACAUCUGA